AUGCGGCUGCUAUUUUUUUUACUCUGCAGCACCGUAGCUUUUAACUGCUGCAAAGCUGUUAAUAGCAAGGAAACCGACAAAGAACAUUUCUUAUUGGAAGCGCAGAAAUUUUUACUCGAAAUCGUGUGGCAUGUACAGGAGCCAGUGGCGCUGGCCGAGUGCCAGGACGUUGCAUUUGUCAAUGAUGAGACGCAAUAUAAGAAAUUCGACAGUGACAUGCAACGCUUCGUAAAGGAUGUGCAACAACAACGCUUACUAUCACGAAAUUACUUCUUUAGCGCGAUUGUGCACACACAUCACCAGCAAGCUUUGGGCUUAUACAAAUUACUGGCAUAUACCAAAGACUGGACCUUAUUUAAGCGGAAUGUGUGCUGGGCACGCACACACGUCAAUCCUGGCAUGUUCGUUCACGCACUCGACUUAACGAUUAGACAUCGUAAAGACUGUGAAAUCUUUGCGUUGCCACCGAUCUAUGAAAUAUUUCCACAACACUUCUUCAACAGUGAAGUGAUACAGAGAGCAAUGACGGUCAGCAAAACGAAAUUGGAAAUGGCACAAAAGCAAAUGAAUACGGUUAACGGUACUAUAGGCGAAAGAAGCUUACACGAUUGGCAACCCUGGCAGUGGUGGAAGCUAAUGGGCUUAAGCGAUCAGCGCUGGUAUCUCGAUACACAAAGCAGCGGCGCAAAGCGCGACGGUCUAACGAAAUUUUGGACGCCUGUAGAUUAUACGCGCGAUGUGCACAUUUUGAAUGCCGAAACACAUUUAUCAUACUUACUAGAAGAUGUAGACUGGAAUACAAUUUGGUAUGAACUCAAUCUCGACUAUCCGCCAUUUCUCGAGAAGGAGGAAAUCGCUGUGCGUCAUCACAAACGCAGCGCUGAAUGGUGGAUUCACCAAAUGCGUACGUUAAUGACACGCUAUAGCUUAGAACGCCUAUCACAGGGCAUGAAACCCAUCGCAGAUAUGACAUUGUCGCAAACCAUUGCGACGGGUUAUAAUCCACAACUUGUCAGCUGGAAUGGUCAGACUUUCUGGCAACGCUAUAAUAACUACGAAUUUGCAGAUUAUGGGUUUCCGGCAACAAUCGAUUUGAUUUUUAAGGUCACAAAAGAAAUAUAUAAAAUAGCCGACAGUGGCGCAUAUCGACUGGAGAAUGGCACAUUGCAUGAUUUGCAUCAGCUUGAGGCGCAACAGGAGUUCUUUAAUAUUCUACAUGGCAAUGUGAAUGCUUUGAAGCCGUACAACCAACAAAUUUAUUGGUUUUACUCAUUCAUGUAUCUCGCGCAAAUUGAAUAUGCGCAAUUCCACAAAGUGGGUCCACAUGUUUUGGCGAACUUCGAGACGGCGUUACGUGAUCCGCUCUUUUACUCGCUAAUGCAACACAAAGUUUUGGAUAUGUGGAACCGUUAUAUGCGUAAUUUGCCGGCAUACACGCGACAGGACUUGCUAGCUGUUGGUAUUGAGCUGAAGUCGGUUACAGUUUCACCGCUAAAGACUUAUUUCGAUUACGCCGACAUUGAUUUGACUAGCUUGUUGUUGGACAAAGUCAGUCCAUUUGAUAACCGUAAAGGCAUUUAUGCGCGUCAGCAGCGGCUCCAACACAAGCCUUUCAAUUAUACGUUGCAUAUACAAGCGGAUGGUCCAGCUACAGUCACAAUACAAACCUUUUCAGCGCCAAAAUACGACGAACACGGCGCGCUGCUGUCGCUGUCGAAAAACCGCGAAAAUUUCCUUGAAAUCGACCAUUUCGUUAAGCAAUUAAAAGCUGGUCUAAAUAUUGUCGAGCAGCGUUCGUAUAAUUAUGAUGCGUCUACUAAACGCUGGACCUACAGCGAAAUGUGUGCUAUUGUCGACGCAGCUAUGUCAGAGAGUUUGGCGUUUCCAAGGAAUUUAAAACGACGCUCAGAAAAUUUCUAUCGCCGUUUAAAUAUACCAAAAGGUAACAAGCAAGGCUUUCCUGUGCAGCUGGUUUUCGUCGUUACACCGUUUGCUGAAGACAUUGCUUAUGGUUUUCCAUUUGAUCGUUCAAUCGAGCACGAAUACGCUUUUCUAGUGCCUAAUGUGUAUUUCAAGGAUGCUAAGGUCUAUCAUGUGGAUCAUAAUGAAAGUGUCGAAGAAUAUAUUAGGGGCUAUGCGAGGUUUGGUCAGUUUGAUGAAAACUACUGGAAGAUUAAUUGAAGUAAUUAACUCUUAAUUUUACUAUAAUAAAAUAUAAUUUAUAAGAACUUUA